UCUUCUUCCCUUCCCCAACCGCGUCUCCCUACGGAGGCGGAUCUGAGCCGAUUGGUUUGGACUGAAACUUAGUUUUUGGAUUGGAUCUUGAUUUGGUUUCUAUGGUUUGAACCUUUGGAUUCAAUCCAAAAGUUGAAAACGGUUUGGACUGGGUUGGAUGACGAGCAUGUAUAGUUCGGUUUGGUCUAGAUUCUAAAUGAAAAUAUCUGGAUUGGUUUGGUUUUGAUGUGUGCCGUGGAUUGGACUGGUUUUAGUUUGGAUGCCGAACUAUUCCUGGGUUUAGAUGAGACGGGCAUUGCCAUUGUCAUUGGCAUUGCUUUAUUACGUAGAUGAUAGUAAAUAGAUUGAUUGGCCAUUGCCAGUAUAGGUUAUCACUAUGAUUUAUUAUAUGUAUGAUCUUUGUAUUGUACUAUGUACAAUUCAACUUAGAGUUCAACAUGUUCUGUGUAGAAUGGAGGAAGCACCAUGUGGACGCUGCAACUCACGGUGCGGGACCAGCCUUUCUACUGCCACGCUGUUCGGCAUCUACUUCCAGCCUUCUUUUGUUGUUGCAGCGAUCGUACCAUGCAAUGUGAGAUUGGCAUUCAAUGAGCUCAUCGGAGACACCGUGACCUUCGACGCUCUUGGGGGCCCAUACACUAUGCAGGUCGAGAAGGGGCGAAAGAUAACCCAGCUAGGAGAUGAUUGGGAUCGUUUCAUCGCCCGCAUGCGUCUUAGUGGGGGUGAAUUGAUCAGGUUCUCCUUCAGAACAGAUAGGCCCAGGAUUUCUGUUAUCUAUCUAAAUUUGAUUCCGGAUAGUGAGGAUGAAGUUCAUGAGGAGGAAGAUGGUGCUGAUUCAGAUGAUGACGAUUCAGAUGAUGAUGAGAACCCACUUGUUGAAUACCUGUAUGCCCAAGGACUCAGACUGGGCGACGAGGAAAUCGGCAACCUCUGGGACAUGCUUCCGCUACGUGAAGACUACCUAGGGAAGCCAUUCGUGACCCGCCUCACAAGGACGAAUGUUAAACGGCAUAUCAUGAAAUUACCUAAGAGGUUACUUGAUAGCUGUGGCAUCGACCCGGACGAAGAAGGCAUGGCUGCUGGACUACGCCUUACCAGAACAGGUUCCAUCACCAGUUGUGCCUAUGCAGUGGACACGGACGGUCGCACUGUCUUGAGUAGGGCAGGGUGGAAGAAGUUCCUUCGUGCCAAGAAUCUUCGGGUAGGACAGGCCAUCCUACUCAGUGUUGCGAACACCCGUCGCCAUGACUUGAGGAUGAUGAUCACCAUCCACCUCAUUUAG